AUGUUUGGAUUUUCAUCUGAUUCUACCCAUGGCUCAACUACAACAGCUACCAUUCCUGUCUCAGUUAAAAAUAGCAAAUUUAUGAGAUCCAAUUCAUCCAUCUUAUCACAUACUCCAAUAACGGCAAAUACCAUACCUUAUAAUCAUUUUCCUUCAUCGUCAUCUACCACUACUACUACUACGAAUGGUUCUUCAAAUAGUAUAGCAUCUUCUACUAAUAAUUCAAGACGUAUCACAUCUUCUCCAUUAAUCAAUAAAUACAAAAGUAACCAGUCCACCAGUACUGAUAAUGAUUCUGUAACAAGUAAUACUUCUAAUGGCACUAAUAGUAAUUCAACAAUUGCUACUUCAAUAGCUAAUUCACCUCCAAAUACAGAAGUGAAUUCAAAACUUCGUUUAAGAGCAAAUUAUAAUACAAAUAACAACAGUACAACUCAUGAUAAUUUUUUUGCUGAUGAUGAUGAUGAUUAUGGUGCUUUUUAUAGUCCUAGUACUCGUACCAAAAGAGCUCCUUCUAUUCAAAGCCAUAACAGUCAGAACAGUAAAGGUAGUCAUUUUAAUACCUUAUCCUCACAGCAAUACAAAAAAGAAGAUUCUACUUAUGAAUUAAUUAGAAUGGAUACUAGAGUAUCUUUAGAAUCUUAUUAUGUUGAACAAACACAAGAACAAUAUAAAGUUCAAUUAAAUUUAGAUCAAAGACAAAUUGAAUUGAUAAGAUAUACCUGGAAUAAAAUGUUGUUGGAAGAAUCUACCGAUUCAGAUAAUAUGCCUGGAGCAUUUACAAAUAAUACUACAACAUCUUCAAAUAAAAAAAUGGUUAAAAAUAAGACAAAUACUAAAAUUGAAUCAUCAACAAUUGCAUCAUCAUUAUUUUGCCGUCAAUUUUAUUUUAAUUUAUUAUCAAAAGAUCCAGAAUUGGAGAAAUUAUUUCCAAGUAUUAAGCAUCAAGCUGUUAGUUUUGCUGGAAUUUUAACAUUUACAAUCAGUCAAUUGGAAAACUUAUCAAAUUUAGAUGAAUAUUUAUCAAAAUUAGGUAAAUUACAUGCAAGGAUUUUAAAUAUUGAAGCUCCUCAAUUUCAACUUAUGGGUGAAGCAUUAAUUCAAACAUUUCAAGAAAGAUUUGGUUACAAAUUUAAUAAAGAAUUGGAAACUUUAUGGAUUAAAUUUUAUUUGUAUUUAGCUAAUUCUAUAUUACAAUAUGGUAUUGAUCCAGUUUUAAAAUUAUCACGUUAUGAAUCAAAUACUACUGAAAGUUUAAUGUCAAAUAAUCAAAGCAAUAUCGAUUUAUUAAGUAAUACAACCACAACAAAUAACAAUGCCUUUGAUUCAACAAGUGUGUUAAGAGAUGAUUUGAGUUCAUUAGAAGCUCCACCUUCAUUAACUGCAUCAUCUUCCAUAUCCAAUUCACAUUUCGGUGCCUCAAAAUCAACGUUGUUAAAAUCAUCAAAUAAUAUGAUUCAACUGCUGAGUUUACAAGAUACAACCAUACUUGAACUGAAACCGGGCAUUAAAAAGAAAUUACAUACAAGAGUUAAAAAGGCAAAAGGUAAUAAUUGUGCUAUUAUGUGA